CACUUCCUGCUCGCUGCUGUGCGGGUGUCUGAGGAAGAAAACUGGCUCCUAGGUUGCUGUGCUGGCUUUGAACUCGUCUGUGUUGUUUUUAAAUUAAUUAAAGCAAUUUACGAGUUGCUCUGUUGCAGUUAGCAGACCGUCUGCAGUUUGCUUGUUCGGACCUCCAAUUUUGCGCUGCUAUCUUUCUGUUUAGUUUGUGUCUCGAGAAUUCGCCGCCAUGCCUGCCGUAUCGAAGGGAGAUGGGAUGCGGGGGUUGGCCGUUUUCAUUUCGGAUAUCAGAAACUGUAAAAGCAAAGAAGCUGAAAUUAAACGAAUUAACAAAGAAUUGGCAAACAUUAGAUCAAAAUUUAAAGGUGACAAGGCACUGGAUGGGUAUAGUAAGAAGAAGUAUGUUUGUAAGCUGCUGUUUAUUUUUCUACUGGGACACGACAUAGACUUUGGGCACAUGGAGGCUGUAAACCUGCUGAGUUCAAAUAAAUACACAGAGAAACAGAUUGGAUACCUUUUCAUCUCUGUGCUGGUAAACUCCAACAGCGAGCUGAUCCGCCUCAUCAACAAUGCUAUCAAGAAUGACCUAGCUAGUAGAAACCCUACCUUCAUGUGCCUUUCUUUGCACUGCAUUGCCAAUGUGGGUAGCAGGGAAAUGGCUGAGGCUUUUGCUUCUGAGAUUCCUCGAAUACUUGUAGCUGGUGACACAAUGGACAGUGUAAAGCAGAGUGCAGCCCUUUGUCUUCUAAGACUGUAUAAAACCUCGCCUGAUCUGGUUCCAAUGGGAGAGUGGACAUCACGGGUAGUACAUUUGCUGAAUGACCAACACAUGGGUGUUGUAACGGCUGCUGUCAGUCUAAUAACGUGCUUAUGCAAGAAGAAUCCAGAUGAUUUCAAGACCUGUGUUUCGCUAGCUGUCUCCAGGCUGAGUCGAAUAGUAUCAUCUGCUUCUACUGACCUGCAAGAUUACACCUAUUACUUUGUUCCUGCACCAUGGCUUUCUGUGAAGCUACUUCGACUACUACAGUGUUAUCCUCCUCCAGAAGAUGCAGCAGUGAAAGGUCGUCUUGUAGAAUGCCUUGAGACCAUACUUAACAAAGCUCAAGAACCACCAAAGUCCAAGAAAGUGCAGCACUCAAAUGCUAAGAAUGCUAUUCUGUUUGAAGCAAUCAGUCUGAUUAUACACUAUGACAGUGAACCAAACUUAUUAGUACGGGCAUGUAACCAGCUAGGCCAGUUCCUACAGCACCGUGAGACUAACCUGCGAUAUCUUGCACUUGAGAGCAUGUGCACAUUGGCUAGUUCUGAAUUUUCCCAUGAAGCAGUGAAGACACACAUAGAAACAGUCAUCAAUGCUCUGAAGACUGAAAGAGAUGUUAGUGUACGACAGAGAGCUGCAGACCUGUUGUAUGCCAUGUGUGAUCGUACCAAUGCCAAGCAGAUAGUUGCAGAGAUGUUGAGUUACCUAGAAACUGCUGACUACUCCAUUCGGGAAGAAAUUGUGUUGAAGGUAGCUGUGUUGGCUGAGAAGUAUGCAGUGGACUAUAGCUGGUAUGUGGACACUAUACUGAAUCUGAUUCGGAUUGCUGGUGAUUAUGUCAGUGAAGAAGUCUGGUACAGAGUUAUUCAGAUUGUUAUUAAUCGGGAUGAUGUCCAGGGUUAUGCUGCAAAGACUGUGUUUGAGGCACUCCAGGCUCCUGCCUGCCAUGAGAACAUGGUGAAAGUUGGUGGUUACAUCCUUGGAGAAUUUGGGAAUCUCAUUGCUGGAGACCCACGGUCCAGCCCUUUGGUGCAGUUCAAUCUAUUACACUCGAAAUUUCACCUGUGCAGUGUGUCAACAAGAGCACUUCUACUUUCUACCUAUAUCAAGUUCAUUAAUUUGUUUCCAGAAACAAAGCCCACUAUCCAGGAGGUGCUAAGGUCUGACAGUCAGAUACGCAAUGCAGAUGUGGAGUUGCAACAAAGAGCUGUUGAGUACCUCAAACUCAGUUCCAUUGCCAGCACUGAUGUUUUGGCUACAGUACUUGAAGAGAUGCCACCAUUCCCUGAAAGAGAGUCUUCAAUUCUGGCCAAGCUGAAGAAAAAGAAAGGACCAGGUGCUGGUUCUGAGUUGGAAGAAGGCAAGAAAGAACAAAAUUCAGAAAUUAAUGGAGGGGUGGAACCAAUCACCAGCACAGCGUCCACUCCUUCUCCAUCUGCUGAUCUACUAGGCCUGAAGGCAGUAGCUGUUGCAGGCUCUGCUCCAUCCAGUACUGGAAAUCUUUUGGUUGAUGUUUUCUCUGAUAAUGUUCCUGCAGUAACACAUUUGACCCCUGGAUCUGAAGACAAUUUUCUCAGUGACUUGGAGCCGCCCUGUGAGAGUUCUGCAUCUGUGUUGGUGGAGUCAGCCCUAGCUACAGACUCUGCCGUGACUACUUCUGUGUCUGAGGAGCCUGCUUUACCUCUGCCCGAAGCUGAUGAUCUACUAAACAAGUUUGUAUGCAAGAAUAAUGGUGUUCUGUUUGAAAAUCAGCUUCUGCAGAUGGGAGUCAAGUCCGAAUUCCGACAGAACCUUGGCCGUAUGUAUGUGUUUUAUGGAAAUAAGACCUCUGUACAGUUUCAGAGUUUUACGCCAACAGUAACAUUUCCUGGAGAUCUGCAAAGUCAGCUGAAUAUUCAGACAAAGCCUGUAGACCCAGUUGUGGAAGGGGGAGCUCAAGUGCAGCAGGUUCUCAACAUUGAAUGCCUCUCUGACUUUGUAGAAGCACCUCUAAUAAAUAUCAAGUACAGAUAUGGUGGAACAUUACAGAACAUGACCUUAAAGUUGCCCAUCACAAUCAACAAAUUCUUCCAGCCAACAGAGAUGUCUUCACAGGAUUUUUUCCAGCGCUGGAAGCAGUUAAGCCUCUCUCAGCAAGAAGCCCAGAAAAUAUUUAAGGCGAAUAGCCCCAUGGAUGCUGAGGUCACAAAGGCAAAGCUUUUGGGCUUUGGUACUGCUUUGUUAGAAAAUGUAGAUCCAAAUCCAGAUAACUUCGUAGGUGCUGGAAUCGUUCAGACAAAAACCCUGCAAGUAGGCUGCUUACUACGUCUAGAACCUAAUGCACAAGCUCAGAUGUAUCGGCUGACAUUGCGGACCAGCAAGGAAACAGUCUCUAAGCACUUAUGUGAACUACUGUCUCAGCAGUUUUAAAAUAAGCCUGCACACUGGUGCACACCAUUAUAUGAGAAGGAGGAAGAGUACUUGUACUGGCUGUGUGUUUGUAUGUUUGUGAGUGAGCGCAUUCAGAGUGAGAAUGUGUAGGUGAAUAUCUAUGCAUAUUGUAUUUGUCAGUGUCCGCAUCAUGUGAUGUCUCCAAACAUAAGACCUUUAAAAAUUUAUUAUUGUAUGUGUCAUAUCUUGAUUUGUAACUAAAUUAAUUUUCAGGCGGUAGUUUGAAGGAGGUGCCCUGGUGCUUCCCUUUUUGUUUUGGAAGCAUCCCAAACAAGCUAGGGAUAAAAGCUGUCUAAGCGGCUACCUCAGUUUUGCCAGGUUUACUGAAGCUUUCCCCUCUAUUUAAUAUGGAUUCCAGCUGUAAAAAUUCAGUGUACCUGUUGCUGCCCCUGAAGAUGAAGGGGGGAAACUGGUCAGAUAAAAGAAUAACUGCACUUUAUCCCCCAAACCAGAGAAAGAGUACAGAUCGUGUACCCAUGCCAUUAACCCAGCUCUUCUUUUCAUCAUAUUGGGAGGGUUGCUUUCUUAUUGCUAUAUUUACUUUGCUCAAGGUCCCAGAUUGGGUAUCCAGGAAUGUAAAGGUACAUGUUAUUUUUUUUUCUCUCAUAAGAUUUGCAAGUCUAGAAUAUGCAUGUAAUGCUUUAAAGCAAAUUUAUUUUGUUGUCUGUGCUGUCAUUACUUCUGGUAAAAUGCCAGUUUUGUUUACACUACAUGGUAAGAAGAGUGCUAGGUGGCCUAAAAUUCACUUAUUGGCCAUUACAUUUUUAAAUAUUCAGCUAGUUAUUAAAAAAAUGUAAAUAUUCGGGUAGUGGAAAUCAAAGUAAAUAUGAGACCACAAUAUACAGUAGUCUGAAGGCAUAGUCUUUUUUUUUUUUUUUUUUUUUUUUGGGGGGGGGGGGAGAGGAUGAGAAUGAAAAAUCAGAUUAGUUCUUCACCCCAGCAUCCAGAUUUACUUUACUGCCUUCUGUUUCUGCCACUAUUUUUACUUAACUUCAAGAAGAGGUGGUGAAGUACAAGACACAAGUUUGUAAUUUCCACUCAUUACCUAGCCACAUGCUCCCAUGUAUUGAUGGCCAGACUAACAGCUCAAUACAUGUCUAAAUUAUUCUGCCAUUUUUCAUUAUGUAGUUUUUGACUGAAACCACUACAUUUUUUUUUUAAUGUUGUCCUUUUUGUAAAUUUCUUUCAUGUAAAUAAGAGUUUGUUUUUUUAAUCAGUGAUUUAGUUUCUCACAUUUGGCAUCUUCAACCCAUUUAAAUAUGCUGUUUAAUAUAAGAAAAUGCUCCAAAAGAUUAAAAAGUUCAUGUAAUGUAACCCCCCCUCCAACAUACUCACACAGACACACUAACAACUUGAAGUACUUUACGAUACUGUUUCUUACAUUUCUUCUCACAGCAGUCUGUAUGUAUACCUUUAUCAACAAAUCUUUGUCGCCUUAGCAGAUUUGUUCAUUGUCUUUAUGCACUGCUGCUAGUUAAGGGACAUGCCCAGCUCCUCAUUUACUGUAACUUUCCAAGGCCUUUUGUUUAGUGUGCCUUGCAUAUGAAUGUAAUUUGAUAAGUUUUUCCUGAGUCAAAUGGGGAUGUUAACAUCAACAUAUAUUAGUUAUAUCCAGAUAAUUUAAUGCUCAAAUUAUACAGUUUGGCAUUCAGGUUAACUUACCAUGUAAUUUUAUUACGUUUGACUGCAAAACUGUAUUUUGCAUUGGAUGAGGAAUAAGAACACGGGUUGUUGAGUUGUAGAUAGAGCAGUUUUUUCCUGCCAUUUUAAACCAGCAUAAGCUGGGAAGAUUGAAUGUCUUGGUGUAUGACCAGCUUUAAACCUAUAAUAAAGAGCAUACCUAUCUUCCAUUCUCCCAGCUCUGAAUCAGCAGAAUCACUGCCAAGGAUGAGGAGCUUUAAUGUGCUCAUGUUGUUGUCCAAGUGGUGGAGAUUUAUUUUUUGACCAUCAUGUGGGUUGCAGAAUUAUGUAUACUCUGUUCUCUGUUGUAAAUUGUUGCAAACAGCUUAUGAGCCCACUCUUGUCAUUGGGGUGGGAGUUGGGUCUCCCCUCCUAAGACAGCAUUCACAGGUCUUAGUGUUAUAGUACUUCUAGAAUAUCACUGAUGCAUUUUUAUGUUGUUCUGCAUACUGCAGUAAAGCAUUUGUGAAGGAAAAAUCCCAUUAUGUAAUUUUUUGUCUCAAUGUCAUUUCAGUUUUUUCUUACAUUCAGCCCAAAUGAUUUCUGUUUACACCAAGAGCAAAAUUAAAAAAAAAAAAUCAUAAGAACAGCAGUAUAAACAUUUGUUUGGCUUCACUUUGGUAUCAUCAGUAAGCCAGACAGUGUUCUGGUGUUUAGUUUAAAAUCGUUUUUUUUUUUCUGUUAGAAAGCCAGUAGUUAUGUUUACAAAGUGGAGUUAGAACCAUGGACAGCAUGUUCCUAACCGUGCUGCAUACAGGUAGUCGAUCUCACCUGUAUAGAUGGUUUUGUUAGACAGUAGACUUAGUGUAAGGAAAAUUGUAUUAUAGUAAACUGUGUAUUUUAUAGCUUUGUAUUUUUAACUGUAUCAUUCCAACUAAAAAGUUCCUGGAAAUAUAAAGUUGAGCUGCAUUCUGUUUUGUAUGUGAAAUCAUUCGCUUUUUUUCUGAGUAAAUGUGACCAUGUUAUGUACCUACCUGGAGCUUUGCACAUUGUCGAUGGCUGCUUUUAAUAGUGCACACUAUAAACUAUAAAAAGUGUUAGUUUGGAAUGGUGCAGAAAAAUAAUUUCUGGUUUCCAUUCCACAUCUUGUAAGUGAUGUUAACUAUUUGCAGUAGCUGGUUGGAGGGUCUAAUAGAUUGAACUAGAAGAGACGGAUAAUUAGCAUCCAGAUUCCUGGGCACUGUUUCAGCAUAUCAUUGACUUUGCUAGCAUAUUAGCAGUGUGGAACAUUGAAACGUAUGGAGUCUGAAAGCUGAACAUACAGGGGCAUUUAAUCCAGCAGGGGAAUUAAUGCACAUUAUGACUGUUGGUAAGAAGCUUUGUACACUGCUGAGGCAGUUUCGGUUUGUGAUGUCUGGAAUACUGUAUUCAUUUUCAGAAAAUGAGACUGGUGAGGGAGUCCAUGCAUAUCUGCAGAUUUAUAUUGCAUUUUUUAAUUAAAAUAUCUCAGGAUCCAAAGAGCAUGAGACUGUAUUUUUAUUCAUUUUUAAAAAACACUACUAAUACUGGAAAUUAUAUCUUCAUUUGUUUUAUUCCUUUUUUAAGCAUGAUUACCUCUUUUAAUAUUUUUGUAGUAUUUCUUGAGAAAAUGAUUUAUUUUUCAUUAUACAGAUGUGUUAUGGCACACCUCACUUAGUUUUACGGAGUAGAGUUCAGAAUGUCAGUGUAACUUCCAGCCAUGUGAUUCUUACUUCCUGCCAUUUCCAGUAUAAAUUACUUAUGGUAGAUAGACCUCUGAUGUACUUUUGCCUACAUUCUGUGUUCAGAGUUUGCAUUUUAAUCUCUGCAAGGACUUAAUAGUUCAGUUUGAGUAAUGGGCAAACAAAACUUGAUCUAGUGGUUAUGUGUUGCAGUGGUGACUUCAUUUUGCAAACAAUGGGGAAAAAAAAUCAAAGUAUUUAAAUAUGUAUCAUUAAUUUAAGGUUUUUAUGUCUCCUCUGAAAUGUUAUCAUUAACAUCAGUAAUUUCUGCUGUUUGCACCUAUGAUUCAAGUGAGUAGUUUCUGUGCUUCAAAAAUGUGCAUUUCUGAUGUUCCCACCUCAGAUUCAGAUGCUUUAAAUAUUUGUCAGUAUUGUCAUUGCUUUUUCUUUCUGACUUCUAACAUGGCAGCCUGAAAUUUGAAGAAUGUGUAUUUGUUGAAGAUUUUUGAUGAUGAAAUUGGUUCUAAUAAGGUUCCCUUACGUAAGACCCAGACAGAAGUGACUGAACUGUAAAACUAAAACAUUUUAAUGGCUAAAACUUGAAAAUUAUGACAUUACUAAAUGAAUAGUUCUGAUUGACUUGCUUCAAAAAUAGUUUGUACACUCUGUGGUAUGCUGUUACUGUGUAUUAAAGAGUUGAGCUGCUAUAAAAAACUUAACAUCUAGA